AUGUCAGUCUCGGAUCAAUCCACUAUAGCCAUGGAGGGACACAACGAGAAGGAGAACCAACAAAUUCAGCCUCCGGGACGAAAAGAAGAGCAUUUGGGUGUCUCCGGCCCAGAGUUGGCAGCAGAGAAUCUCGAAGGAGGCAAACCCAAGCGUGCUGAUGGCAAGAUCGAACUGACAGAAGAAGACUGCUACGACAAACUGGGCUAUUGCUUCCCAACAUGGAAGAAAUGGAUGAUCUUGGUCAUCAUUCUUCUGAUUCAGACGUCGAUGAACCUCAACGCCAGUAUCUAUGCCAAUGGUGUUGACGGCCUCGCAGAGAAGUACACCAUCUCCAAGCAAAAGGCCCGAGUCGGCCAGAUGAUUUUCCUCAUAUGCUACGCCUUUGGCUGCGAAUUGUGGGCACCAUGGUCUGAGGAGCUAGGUCGCUGGCCGACCCAGCAGCUCUCUUUGUUUCUCGUCAACAUCUGGCAGCUACCCGCGGCGCUCGCCCCCAACUUCGGGUCUAUCGUGGUCGCUAGAGCGCUUGCUGGCCUCUCCACGGCAGGAGGCUCGGUCACCUUGGGAGUCAUCGCGGACCUAUACCAACCCGAAGAUUCUGGAUUCCAGUAUGCGGUUGCUUUCGUCGUGCUGUCGUCCGUGGGCGGUGCCCCCGUGGGCGCAGUGAUCGGCGGCUUCGUGGGCGAGUUCCUUUCUUUGCCCUGGAUCUUCUGGAUGCAACUUUGUAUCGGUGGUGCCGUACAAAUCAUCCACUUUUUCCUUGUCCCCGAAACCCGUGCCACUAUCCUGCUGGACCGCGAGGCCAAGAAGCGGCGCAAGAAUGGCGAAACCAACAUCUAUGGGCCAGACGAAUUGAAGAAGCCGCGAUUCCCCAUGAAGGAGUUCGUGCGUAUCUGGAUGAGACCUUUCCAGAUGUUUGCCACGGAACCCAUUGUGCUCUGCCUCAGCUUGCUCAGUGGGUUCAGUGAUGCACUGCUGUUUACCUUUUUGGAGGCAUUCACGCCCGUCUUGAAGCAAUGGGGAUUUAAGCCGUAUCAGGUUGGACUGGCUUUUAUUUCGUCCCUCAUUGGAUAUGUGCUUGCAUACUUGUCAUAUCUCCCUGUCAUUCGACACCAUAACAAGAUCCGUGCCGAAGACCCGAAUAAGUUGUCUCCAGAAUCGCGUCUGUGGUGGUUGCUGUUCUUGGCGCCUCUCGAAACAAUUGGCCUCUUCGGCUUCGCGUGGACGUCUCUCGGACCAGAUUAUGGCAUUCCAUGGAUCGCGCCCAUGAUCUUCACUGUCCUAAUCGCCAUUGCGAAUUACGGAAUAUACAAGAGCUCAAUCGACUACAUGAUCGCCGCCUACGGCCCUUACGCCGCCUCUGCCACUGGCGGAAACGAUCUUGCGAGAGACUUCCUCGCAGGCAUAGCUGCCUUGUAUAGCACACCCUUCUACGAAAAUAUCGGCAAGAAAUACACCCUCGAAUACCCCUCGACCAUCCUGGCCUGCCUGUCCGUCGUGGUCAUCGCCCCGAUCUACGUCUUCUACUGGAAAGGCGCGUGGUUCCGCGACCGCAGCAAGUUCGCCAAGGAGCUCAAUCUCGGCCGGCAGAGCGCCGUCGAGAGGCGCCGGAGCACCAUGGUCAUGGGUCGCGGCGGCAGCAAGGCGGGCAUGGGUGCGGGAAGCGAGAAGGCGAGGCACGUCGAAGAGGUCUAG